AUGUUAAUAAAUAAUUUCGACAUCAAAGUGUCUGCUGUAAAACUGAACACUCCAUUGGUAUUUGGUCCCAAUAUAAACGCAGUACAUUUACCAAACCCUGAUGAUGAAGUGGUUCUGGGUUACCUUGCCACUAUGCUGGCUUGGACACCAACUGGGCAUCUAAGAACAGUGAAUGCACCAAUAAUAAACCCAGCAAUAUGUGAGCCCUCGACUAAGUUCGUUCCCGGGCGCUACAUCUGCAUCGGUGGCGUGCAAGACCCUAACCGACAUUUUUGUAGGAAAGACAACGGCGGUGCAGUGAUCCAGAACAACACUCUUGUAGCCAUAUCGUCUUUUUUACACACUUGUGCUAUCUACACAAAAACUCACGCUUUUCCCAAAGUUUCUGCAUUUUCCCGGUGGCUAGAUACUGUAAUUUGGGAUGAAAACAACCGACCCACUACUGCUGUUCCAACUUCUACUACACAUACAACUCAGACACCACAAAACGUCACAGAAUUUACGGAACAGAGUUUUUUUGUUGAUCCACGAAAGUUUAUGCUCACGCUGCCUUUUGACCCAAUAAAUGUUCCUUUAGAGCCUGCUGAGGAUAAUUCUGUGAUACCAAGAAUGAGUUUAUAUGAAUCUUACCUCCAAAACUUGGCUAGAGCAAAAACGUCGACCACAGUCGAUCCUAAUGUGCUAGAAGAGAAAAAGAAAGAGUGGCUCCAAAAGUUCGGUAAAUCAAUAUUGGCGAUGUCCCCUCAUCUGCUAAACAAAUUACCUGACCCAUAUGAUUAUAAUCAA